AGGAGGGCUUCCGGGACCCGAAGGUGCUGGAGGGCGCCCUCGACCUGGCCGUGGCUUACCUGAAGAACUACGCGGUGGACAAGGCGGACGCGCUGUACGCGGCGAUCGAGCCGUACUGCAUGGAGCGGGGGCUCCCGUGGGACGUGAAGUGGCUGCAGGACUGCGCCACCCUCCGCUGCAAGCAGGCGAGGCAGCCCGAGGCAGCCGUUAUGCUGGAGGAGAUCGCGAAGCGGACGCCCCCACACCCAGCGACUCUCAACAACCUGGGCACGCGGGGAUCCGCGGACAACAUGAUGCGGCAGCACGACAAGGCACAGGAGUACUUCGAGGCGUCCAUGGAGAUCGCUGGUCGCGACGAGCCAGGGAAGGAGAAUUUGUGGUAUAUAGGAACUGCCAAGAAGCACAUGGGCCAGUACGACGAAGCGCUGCCCAUGCUGCUGAAGGCUUUGGAGGAAUGGGAGCGGGAUGAACCUGAAGAUGACGUGACGUUAGCAAAACUGCUUGAUACUAUUGGCAGUUGUUACGACAAGAUGGGGCAGUCAGACAUGGCCGUCGAACAGUUCACUAAGGCCCGCAUACUCUACGGGCGCAGCAUUGGCCCCGAAAGCCCACUGUAUGGCAGCGCCUGUGAGGGUCUGGCGAAGGCGCUGGUCCAUGCAGGCAGGUACGAGGAGGGCUUCGACAGGCUCGAGGAGACCUUCCUCAACGGCGCAGAGAAGGACGCCAUACAUACCACGCCCCUCUUCGAGCUGCUCGGCAUCGUGCUCGAGGAUCUCGUCUACCCGGGCAACAUAGACACCAGGGAGCUCGCGCGCCUGGAGGGGCCCAUCGAGCUCGCCGUCCGGAACAUGGUCCACAGGGGCAUCGAUGGCGACGGCAACGCCGGAGUGCUUUUCGAGCGGAUGGCGCAAGUGAUGCUCAGGUGUAGCAUGGCCGAGCCCGCCUCGCCGCGGGAGGAGCAGGACGGGGCCGCCCGCCGGCGGGCGCUGGCGCGCCAGCUGCUGGAGCGGGCGCGGCCGCUGGUCGAGGAGUGUACGCGGAAGGGGGAGGCGGACCUGACGCACAUCUCCGAGAUGAUCAGGA